UUUGUACAACUCACUACCAAUUUCUUUCUUAAAAUCGAAGACUGGUCAUGGUGUACAAUAGGUUUCCUAGCUGGACAUCAUAGGGUAGACGGGGAGCAUUUUGCAUUCUGCCUAGCUUAUUAUAUUCACUUUGUCUAGAGAUUAGCAGGUGGCUCUUCAUGCAACUUGAUCCAUUUAUCAUUUACUGACAAUUUGUUGCUUGGAUGAAAUUGUGAAUGGAAAAACACACUGCAAAACUGCAGAAGGGACUUCAUUGUUGUAAUUUAUUGAUGUAGAUAUUAGAGCCCGUGGGUCCUUAAGUAGAACUAAAGGAAUGACCCUGAUUACCUUGUGUGAGGUGGGUAUUACUUUCUAUGACGUGGAUCCAACUUUGCUCAUAAAUUUGACAAAUCUUUCAGAAUAUGGUAGUACUCUGUUGGAAGGAACUUGUUAUUUUAUACGGUCAGAUCUUCCUUUUUUGUAUGCUUUGCUACCAUUCAUUAACAAUGAGUGGGGUCCACGUGAAAAAAAAAACACAAAUUGGAUUGGUGUAGGACUCUUCUGUUUGUCAGUCGUUUUUUUAUCAUGUCCUGUCUUCCGAAUCAAAAUGUUCCAUUGUACUUUUUUUCAGCUUUGAGAUGUCAAUUUUUGUUUGUUAAGAUUCACCUUAUGAUGGAUGCUUGCUUCACAUUUUUGUACCCAAAAUUGCACCGAACGUGUGAAUUGAGCAGGAAAACAGUUUGUCAGUUUCCUGGUCACCAAGGUGCUGUAAGAGGCUUAACAACAUCCACUGAUGGAAGCACCCUAAUAUCUUGUGGAACAGAUUGCACUGUUAGGAUUUGGAGUGUGCCAGUAGCUGCUACCUUGGAAUCAGAUCAUGCCUCUAAUAAUCCCAUCGAGGCCAAUGCAGUUUAUGUUGGAAAGAAUGCUUAUUGGGCCGUAGACCAUCAGUGGGGUGGUGACCUCUUUGCUACAACUGGUGCUCGAGUUGAAAUUUGGAAUCACAACAGGUCGCAGCCUGUAAACACUUUCGAGUGGGGGACAGAUACAGUUAUCUCCGUCCGGUUUAAUCCUGGGGAGCCAAAUCUUUUGGCCACGUCAGCUAGUGAUCGCAGCAUUGCGUUGUAUGACUUGCGCAUGUCAACUCCUGCAAGGAAACUUAUCAUGCAGGGAUUUCCCGGUGGAGUAGGACAUUUGGAAGGUCAGAUCAUAACUUGUAAGGAGUAUAUUUACAAGAACCAAUUCCAUUGCUUGGAACCCCAUGGAGCCACUCAACUUCACAGCAGCAAAUGUGCAGCUGCUAUAGCUAUGAUGCUAGAAAACUGGACGAAGCCAAAUGUGUGCACAAAGAUCAUGUUUCUGCAGUGUGAGUUAAUGCUCAUUUCUUUUAACGUCUGCAUGUGCAAUUUUGUUUUUGUGCUUUUAAUACCUUCUCAGGAGAUCUAUAAUCUUGUCUAUCCUUAUCUCAGCAUGGACAUAGACUACUCUCCUACUGGCCGGGAGUUUGUAACUGGAUCUUAUGAUAGAACUGUAAGUUCAAUCUUUCACUGGUUGUCUUUGCUUGAAAGGUUAGAAUUUUCCCAUAAAACGGUGGCCAUAGUCGGGAAAUCUAUCAUACAAAGAGAAUGCAAAGGUUUGGUAUUUUGUGUCAAGUUUAACAGUGAUGCAAGUUACAUUAUUUCAGGGAGUGAUGACACUAACCUUAGGUUGUGGAAAGCUAAACCAUCGGAGCAUAUGGGAGUUUUGCUUCCAAGGGAACAGAAAAAGCACGAAUACCAGGAAGCUGUCAAGAAUCGUUAUAAGCAUCUACCUGAAGUCAAAAGGAUAGUGAGACAUAGGCAUUUGCCAAGACCAAUAUACAAAGCUAAGGAGUUGCGCCGCACGGUGAUUGAUGCUGAGAAGAAGAAAGAGGAAAGGAGGAAAGCUCACAGCACCCCAGGGAGCAUCGUUACCGAAUCAGUGCGUAAAAGGAGGAUCAUUAGAGAAGUUGAGUAGUUUGUUCAGUUUUCGACGGGAUAGCGUUGUCGAGUUUGCAGGUUGCAUCGAAAUUCUCAAGGCCAUAUGGGUACUUCUUAUCAACCAUUUUGGAAGAGCUUUUGAUCAAACUGAGGAUGGGAGAAGUACGCCCCGCAUGACUAGUUGUACCUGUACCAUAACAAUCUUUUCGUGCUUAGCAUUCGUUUUCACUAUUGAUACUUCGUAGUUGGCUUCCUUGGAUACGAACGUGUUACAAAGACACAACAUAAAUCGAUGGGUUGAGGUUCCCCGUGUUUAGUGGUUUUUCGAUAUAUAACAUAAAAUAGAGCAUAAAGUAAAUGAUAAGA